CACGCGAGCUCGUGACUUCCGGGAUUUCAUCAUCAUGUGUCCGUCACAUGAUCCACAAGAUGGCCGGACAGAAAGUCGCGUUGCUGUUCCUCUCCGUGUUCCUGGUCGCCAGCGAGGCGCUGAACCUCAACGAUCAGCCCUGUCUGGUGCGGUCCAACAACAGGCAUCUUCUGGGUGUCAAGAACUAUCCCCGACCAUGGGAAUACCUGAAGGUGUCGGACAUGCCCAAACAGUGGGACUGGAGGAACAUGAACGGGACUAACUACGUCAGCACCACCCGUAACCAGCACAUUCCUCAGUACUGUGGGUCCUGCUGGGCCAUGGGGUCCACUAGUGCCAUGGCAGAUCGCAUCAACAUCCAGCGUAAGGGUGCCUGGCCAUCGGCGUACCUGUCCGUACAGAACGUGCUGGACUGUGGGAAUGCUGGGACAUGUCACGGAGGCGAUGACCUUCCCGUGUGGGAGUAUGCCCACAGGAACGGGAUCCCUGACGAAACAUGCAAUAACUACCAGGCUAAGGACCAGGAGUGUAACAAGUUUGACGCAUGCGGGACCUGCACCACUUUUGGAGAGUGUGCCUCCAUCCAGAACUACACCGUGUGGAAGGUGGGCGACUACGGGUCGGUGAAGGGCAGGGAGAAGAUCAUGGCAGAGGUGUACAAGAAUGGACCAAUCAGUUGUGGCAUUAUGGUGACAGAUGGUUUCGAGAAAUACACAGGCGGAGUGUUUUCUGAGCACCAUAUCUUCUCUGCGGAGAACCAUGUUCUGUCCAUUGCCGGCUGGGGUGUAGAUGAUGAUGGAACCGAGUACUGGAUCGGCAGGAACUCCUGGGGAACUCCAUGGGGUGAGAGCGGCUGGUUCAAGAUCGUCACCAGUCUGUACAAGAAUGGAGAAGGUGACAAGUACAACCUGGGCAUUGAGGAAAACUGUGCCUAUGGCGACAUCGUAGGAAUGACUACUGUAUCUUAGAUAGAAUAUUCCUCUAAGACAAGACAUGUCUUGCAAAUUUAGGACCACUUCAAGCAAUGUUGUCACAUAUUAUUGAAUGAUCCAUUUUUAGUACCAAUUAGUAAUACUUAUUGAUGAAACUCAACAUUCAAAGCAACCACUCUUAACUGAGAUAUUUACUGUGUGAUACAGGUGAAUAUAAUGGUGAUAUGUCUUGCACAUUUAGGACCAAUACAAGCAGUUUUAUCACAUAUUAUUGAAUGAUAUUUUAGGACCAUUUUUAACGUUUUGUUGAAAUUUAAUCUUAAAACAACAGCUUCACUCGUUAGUCUGAAGAUUCGUACUGUGUGAUAUAGGUGAAUAUAAUGGUGGCAAGAUCUUAUGACUUGUUGAAGAAAAGCGAAUGCUGCUCGAAUUUUAUUAUGACCCGUGUAUCAGAUUUUGUGAUAAGACAAGAAAUUGGUAGAUUGCUGUGCAAUUGUACCACUGUUAAUUGAAGUCUACCAUGAAUAUAUGUUGAAUGAAAUGUUUGAAUGCAGGCUACCAUGGUUUUAGAACAUUUUAAAAAUUCCAGUUAGUGAACUUUACACCAAUAUAGGAAAUUGAAAAACACAUAAUGACACAACAGUAAUAAAACCAGCAAUCCAUAUUACUUGAUGAUUUUAGAUUCGUUGACAAAUACUAUCAUCUGUUGAUUAUGAUCUUGAUUACAUUGAAGAAUGCAAACCUCA